AUGGACGGAGAGUGGCGGGAACAGUUCAAUGAUCUGUACAAUUGGCUUGUCCUCGGGUAUCCAGGCGGAGACAACCAGGUUAUCCAGCAGAACCUUGGUGCUGAGGUGAAUGGCCUGCCUGGAGCCGCCGCCAACAUGGGCACCAACACUAACGCAGCUGCUGCAGAUCAAGGCAACGGCGGUGGACAGGCCAAUGGUGACCAGAGGACACGGCAUUUCAGGCGCCGUCACAACGUAGAACAGAUCCAAAUACUUGAAGCUGCUUUCAAAGAAGGCCAUCAUCCAGAUGAGAAGCGCCGGCUGGAGCUUAGCAGGAGGACUGGCCUGAGUCCUACACAGGUCCAGAUCUGGUUCCAAAACCGACGCAACUCGGGGAAGAGCAAGGCCCAGAAGAAGGAGACCGAGGAAUUUCAGGAAGAGAACGACCGGCUCCAAGCUGAAAAACAAGCACUCAUGUCGGCUAUGCAAAACAAGAUUUGCUUCAUAUGCAGAGGGGAGGAUACCCCGGAGCGGCAGCGCCUGUACGCCGAGAAUGUGAUGCUCAAGGACGCGCACAUGCGUAUCGCCGACUUCCUUAAGAGUGUCUCCGGUGGAAGGCUACAAGUGAUCAACCACACCGUCGUCGACACCCAUGCCCCUCUCACGCUCACGGCUCCAAAUCCAGUGAUGAUUCCUGACGAGGGCGUUGCCCGCGACAACCCUGAAACCGGUGGAGACACCUUGGUGAUUCAGCAUGUUGCUUGUGCUAUGGAAGAGUUGAAGGUGCUUGUGAGCUUGGGUGCGCCGCUGUGGUCGCUAGCGGAAGGUGGCGAGGUGGAGGUGAUCGACUACAAGGAGUACAUGAAAAUGAUGUUCCCGAAUGAGCGCCACGAGAUGGAAUUUUGUGCGGAGGCCACUAGGAAGACUGGCAUCAUAUCGUGCACCGCCACCGACCUCGUCGGCAUCCUCAUGAACGCGGACUGGUGGUCUCAGACGUUCCCGGGCAUCGUGGCAAGUGCCACCAUCAGCAAGAUCAUCACUCCCGGUGAUUCCGGAGAUGGGCUGGUUCAACUGAUGAGUGCAGAGCUGAGGGUGUUGUCGCCGCGGGUGCCGGUUCGCAAGAUCAACUUCAUUAGGCGUUGCCAGAAGAUCGCGGAGAACAUAUGGGCUGUGGUGGAUGUGUCUGUUGAUGGAAUUCGUGACCAGGCGGCGGGCCUCAAUGACGGCGCGCCUUCAACAUACACGGCCUGCAGGCUUCAGCCGAGUGGUUGCCAUAUCCAGGAGUUGAACAAUGGCCAUUGCCAGGUCACAUGGAUCGUGAACAUGGUGCAUGAUGAGGCCACUGUACCACCGCUGCACCAUCCACUCUUCCGCUCCGGCUGGGCACUCGGUGCGUGCCGCUGGAUUGCAUCCCUCCAGAGGCGAUGCGAUUACAUUGCCUCCCUGCAUACCAACCCCGUUCUCACCCUCAACACCAGAUCUGGUGAGUGACUCAUCUCACAACAUUGUAGCAGAGAAUAAAUAAAACAUUAGCAUAAGAAUCGAAGUUCUAAACGGUUAUGUAAUCUACGGAUCCUAAAGGUGGA